GAUGUGUUCCGCAUCUCAUCUCACAGAAGAAGAUCAACACAGACAACACGAGUUUACAGUCAGACAGGAGAAGCGCUGUUUAAAUAUAAAAACACACAAUGAAAACAGAAAAACAACACAAACAACAGAAGAAUGAGAAGUCUAUCGGUACAAAGAAGUUAAAAAAGAAUGCUAACCCAGAAUCAGAUGACCACCUCCAGCAGAUCCCUCAUCGUUUGCGUGAAAUCAUGAAGAGUAAAGAAAGGAUGAAAAUGACCUCACGACAAAGAAAGAAAGCCUCUCUGUCAACGCUGGAAUCAGGACAACCAGGAGACAUUCCAGUUCCACACUUCCGCAAAAGGAAUAAUGAAUCAAAGAAAGCUUAUGUCCGUCGCAUGACAGAGGAGAGCGAGCAUGUACUCUUCCUUACCAACAACCAGAUAGACCGAAAGCCAGAGACAGAGCUGCCGAAAGAAGAAGAACAGACGGAGGAAAAGAAAUCGGCUAAAAAGAAAGGGUUAAGUCGAGGAAAACUCAAACAAGAAAAGAAAAAGUUAGUUCAGCGUGAGAAACAAGAGGAGAAGGACAUGUUUAAAGAUGAAGUACCAUUUGGAGAGGUCGCCAUGGCGCCACCAUCACUAAGUGUGAAACCCAAAAAAGCCACAGUUAAACCCAAGGGGGCAUCCAAAGGUCUUCUUCUGAACUCCCUCCUUGGUCACAGUCCCGUGUCUGUAAAUAAACCCUCUAUGGCGAGGAAGAGGAUAAUGGAGGAGGAGAGAGAAAGAGUAGUGCAGCUGUACAGACAGAUGAAAAAGAAACAGAGGGACAAACAUGAGAAGGAAAGAGCUGGGAAGAUUUUCACGUAAUCCUGUAAUAGUUUUUAUAUAGUGUAUAUUGUGUAUACAUUUCACUGUUGUUUUCGCAAAUUUUCUAAAAUAUAUUUGCAUCAACUACAGUAAUUGAUUAUUGUGUUUUUUUAUCUGAAAUCUGUUAAAAGCAAAUAAAUACAAAAGAGA